AUGGGUGCGGACGCCCGCGGGAGCCGGCCGGCGCUGCGGGAGCUGGUGCGCGAGGCCGAGAGCAGCUUGCUCGAGUGCAAGGUGUGCUUCGAGAGGUUCGGCCACGGCCACCAGCGGCGCCCGCGCAACCUGCCCUGCGGCCACGUGGUCUGCCUGGCCUGCGUGGCCGCCCUGGCGCACCCGCGGACGCUGGCCCUCGAGUGUCCCUUCUGCCGGCGAGCCUGCCGGGGCUGCGACACCAGCGACUGCCUGCCUGUGCUGCACCUCCUGGAGCUCCUGGGCCCCGCGCUUCGCCAGGCGCCGGCCGCCGCCCGCGCCGUGCCCUGCGCCCCCGGGCCCCUCACCUGCCGCCAGGCCUUCGGCGGCUGGGGGACGCUGGUCAACCCCACCGGGCUGGCGCUGUGCCCCAAGACAGGCCGGGUCGCGGUGGUGCACGACGGCCAGAAGCGGGUCCAGGUCUUUGACUCCGGGGGAGGCUGUGCCUCUCAGUUUGGAGAGAGAGGAGAAGCUGCCCAGAACAUUAGGUACCCGCUCGGCGUUACGGUCACCAGCGACUGCCACGUGGUCGUCAGCGACGCCGGCGACCGCUCCAUCAAAGUGUUUGAUUUUGAGGGCCAGCUCAAGCUUGUCGUUGGGGGCCGGUUCGCCCUACCUUGGGGCGUGGCUGCCACGCCCCAAAACGAGCUCCUGGUGACGGACGCUGAGGCAGGGUCCCUGCACCUCCUGGAAGUCGAUUUCCCCGAAGGAAUCCUCCGGAGAGCGGAUAGGAUGUGCGCGGAUCUGUGCAGUCCCCGAGGGGUGGCUGUGUCUUGGCUCACCAGGGCCAUUGCGGUCCUGGAGCACCCCCUGGCUUCCGGGGGGACCCGCGGGGGCAGCAGCAGGGUGAAAGUGUUUAGCGCCACCAUGCAGUUCAUCAGCCAAGUGGAUUCCUUUGGGCUGAGCCUCUUCUUUCCUUCCCACAUAACCGCCUCCGCUGUGACCUUCGACCACCAGGGGAAUGUAAUUGUCACCGACACCACUAGUCAAGCUGUGCUAUGCUUAGGAAAACCUGAGGACUUCCCAGGACUGAAGCCCCUCAUCACUCAAGGAGUCUCCCAACCCGUGGGCCUGGCCUACACCAAAGAGAAUGCUCUGCUUGUGCUGGACGCCGCAGUGCACUCGGUAAAAGUCUUUAAGGCCGACUGAGGACAAAGGGGGCGAGGGUUAUCCGAAGGCUAGGUACUGCCACUAAGGAAUGGUCUUGUCUUGGAUGAGGCACUUCAUCUCAUCUCUCCAAAAGGGAACAUUGUAACUGCCUAGCAAAUUUAUAGAGGUUGUGGCAAGUAUUAAUUAAACAAUAAUUAAAUCUGCCCUAUUUUGACUGUGUACCCCCGGGAGGUCUAGCGGAUUGCUCAUUGGACUGCUAAGCACAAGGUGAGCAGUUCGAAACCACCAGCUGCUCUUCUGGAGAAG